AUGAAACAAGAACAUGCAAACAUCAAAUUUUGCAUCGUCAUUUCAUGGGUUAUGUUGAAAGUAAGACAGAAACUACCGGAUGAAAAAAAAACCAACACAAUUUAUGAGCUAUUCAUGAAAGAAAAAUAUAAGCAUUUUAAACAAACAUUGGUUUUGGAAAUAUUGCCCGAGAAACACUUUACACAAAUCAUUAUCGCUAAAUCUCGCAUGUUGCGAGACGAAGCAGAAGCAAGCAAACAAACAUCGAAACUAAAUAAAAAUCGGUAG